CUGCAGAACUCGGAUAUUCUCCAGGUUAUUGGUGAGAAUGUAACCCUUGUUUGCGCCUUCACACCUCCAUCCAGACAUCGCACGUUGUCUUGGGUGCACGUGGAUAACAAUAGACUGAUCACAACCAGCGAUAACGGUGAAGGAACAGAACCUACACACGAGAAAGACAUUUCAGAUGAGUCCAAGUACAGUUUGAUGUCUGAUUCUUCAAGCGGAAAUCUGACAAUACGUCAUCUAGGAGUAGGUGACAGCGGCAGAUAUCGUUGCUUGGUUGCCACGUAUUUUGAUACAUUUUCAAGUUUAAUUGAACUGAACGUACUGCCACUAGUCACAGCAAGUUCGGUGUUGAUUACAGACAACCGUUCUGACUACACUGAUGGAGAAUCAGUUACCCUUACCAUUGGCCAAAUCCACAACCUAACAUGUGCAGUCCAAGGUGCUAGACCACCUCCAGAACUCAAGUGGCAUAAUCCUGGAGGAGUAGCGAUUGGAGUAGAGGAUCAAUGCGACACUGUUGAGGGUGAUGCUUACACUUCUCGUAGAAGCAUUUAUAUAACCCCGUAUAGACAUGAUGAUGGAAAGCUUUUAACUUGUGUUGCAUUACAUCGGGAGCUAAAUGGCAAUAUCAGUUCAACUAUUAAUGUAGAAGUACAAGUUUCCCCUACUGAUCUGUUCCUAACAUCUUCUAAUGAUAUUACGAUCUCCACGACUGGAACAAGAAGCGUGACUAUCUCUGAAGACACAGUGACAUCAUUCAUCUGCACAAGUGUAGGAUCUCGACCGACAGCAGUUAUAUCAUGGUCUGUUGGGUUGGAUGAAGAUCCCGGUAGGACGACUUCUACGUCGAAAACAAAUCAGGAUGACCAAUGUUUGCGUGACACAGAGUCUUUGCUUCAGCUGAAUCCAAAAAGGAGUCACCACCAUCAAUAUCUUCGGUGUGUGGCUAAUGCCGGUAUGAACAAACGCCAUACAGAGUUAAUGGUCAUGGUCAAUGGACCAUCUGAUCCUCCUAUACUCGAGGGAACACAAAACUUACAGGAUGGUGUGUCAUCUAAUGUAACUUGUACAGCAAACAAUGGUUACCCAGAACCAACCUUCCAGUGGUAUCUUGGAUCAAAGAACGUCACCAGCACCUCUAAAAGACAGUCCUCCUUGAAUACUUAUAAUCGAUUUGAUGCCAGAAGUGUUCUUACACUCGCCCCGACGAAAGAUGAUCAUGGGAGAUCUAUAGUCUGUCUGGUUUCUCAACCGAACGAUGUAUCUAUAAAGCCUCAGAAUGUUAAUAAAGUUCUUCAUGUUCUUUAUUCCCCUGUCAUUGUGGACUACUCUAUUCGUCGAGUAUUCAAUAUUCUAGACAGCGUCGAUGUCAUUUUCACAUGUAGAUCAGAUAGUAGACCAAUAGCCUCAAUAACUUGGUUCUCGAAUGGUACUGAACUCAACAACAGCGCCCUUCAUCAGAUCCAAUAGAGGAUUCUAAUUUACUGUUGACGUGUAAAACUGUUGGUUGAUCCUUUUGAGUU